CGAUUAAUCUCCCAUCAUCAUCAAUCCGGAUCGAACAACCGAAGACAAGUUGUCAGCUGUGUUUGAAUUACGUAAUAUCUUUCGCAUUUCUCACUAAGAUUUGUUCAGAAUGGAUCUUGUUAAACUGUUCAGUGUACUGUUGGUGUGUGCCUCUUUGCUCUUCGUGUGCGAAGCACAGCUCACCUUUACACCAUCCUGGGGCAAACGAGCUCCCACACCACUGGGCAUGAACAUGCAGAAUGUGCUUGGCGUUCAAGAUAACUGCAAAACACCCGUUGAGGCGCUAACCGUAAUCUACCAUUUGAUUCAGAACGAGGCACAGAAAAUCCUUGAGUGCAACCAGAAAUAAGCCGAAGACUACUUGUUGUCCACUUUGCGACUCUGAUUUUGUUCCCUUUCGAAAAUAAUAAAAUACUAAUAAUAUAGACCGCAAGUAAUGGCAUAA